CCUGCACCUGAGCGUUGGGGUCAGACCCUCCACUGCUCCAUCACUUCAGCACUGACAGGAGGCGACCAUGCAUCGAGGCCUGAUUCCCCUGAUCCACGUUUCACUGUGGCUGCUUUUUGCACAAGCCUCUGCGGAUCUGCACCUGUGCACGGAGUCAGAUUAUCACUUUGAGUACACCGAGUGUGACGUACUGAGCUCUCGAUGGCGAGUGGCGGUUCCCAACAAAGCCAACACGUGCACAGGUCUACCAGAUCCAGUCAAAGGCACCCAGUGCACCUUCUCCUGUAGUGAGGGGGAGUUUCUGGACAUGCAGUCACAGGAGUGUCAGAAGUGUGCUGCAGGCACCUACUCUCUGGGCACCGGGUUGGCGUUCGAUGAGUGGGACAGCCUGCCCACAGGUUUUGUCACCCAUGGGGAGGUGACAAAUGGAGGGGACAGCUGGACAGACUGCUCCAACUCAACCUGGACUCCAAAGGGGGAUUACAUCGCCUCAAACACAGAUGAGUGCACAGCGUUGUUGUCCUACGCUGUGAGUCUGAAGGAGCCUGGGACCGUGUCCUUCGAGUAUUUCUACGAGGAGAGCAGCAUCCACUUUGAGUUCUUUAUUCAGAAUGACCAGUGUCAGUCCACAGACUCUGAAAACCGCUGGAUGAAGACUUCAGAGAAAAACUGGAGUAAAUACAAGGUUGAGCUGAACAAGGGCAACAAUGUGUUGUAUUGGAGAACCACAGCGUACACUCUGCCGGCCGACACUGUCAAACCUGUUCUGUUGAGAAACGUCGCCAUCUCAGGAGUGGCCUACACAUCCGAGUGUUUCCGCUGUAAACCUGGCACCCACAGUGCCAAAGCAGGAUCUGCCCGCUGUGCCCCCUGCCCCGCCGGUACCUACUCCACUAAGGGCGCCACUGUUUGCCAUCAGUGUGAACCAGACAAAUAUGCAGAGGCUGGUUCAGGGAGCUGUAAACCGAGACCAGCAUGUACAAACAGUGACUACUUCUACACUCACACACCUUGUGACUCAGAGGGAAAGACGCAGCUCAUGUACAAGUGGAUUGAGCCGAAGAUCUGCAACGAGACCAUUGAAGGAGCGGUGACGCUUCCUGCAUCAGGGGAGAAACACACCUGUCCACCAUGUAAUCCUGGUUUCUUUGUCACCAACUCCUCCACCUGCCAACCCUGCACCAACGGCCUCUACUCAAACGGAACUGCCUGUGCCCAGUGUGCUGUCGGCACGGAGCCAGUUGUGGGGUUCGAGUACAAAUGGUGGAACACGAUGCCGAGCAACAUGAAGAGCUCCAUCUUCAGCAGAGAGUUGAGAGGCUCCGAACACAGAGUUGCAUGGGAGGUGGCUGGAGAAUACAUUUACACAACCCCUGGUGAUCAGGACACAGACUAUCUGAUGCUCAUGCUCAACGUCCCUGGAUACAGGCUGCCUCAGUCUCUGGCCAAAGACAGUGAGAGGAGUGAACUGUCUCGCAUCACCUUCGUCUUCGAGACCAUGUGUACGGCCGAAUGCAAACUCUUCUUCCUCGCUGGUUAUAAUCAGUGGAACAACGUGGUGGUGGAGCAGUGGAAAGGCAGCAGCAGCAAACAGUCGUACUCCUACCUCAUCCAGAGCAACAGCACCGUCGGCUUCACGUGGACGUUUCAACGCACAGAGGAGUUUAACAUUGAGAGGAAGUACAGUGGUGACAUUGCAAAGAUCUACGCCAUCCACAUCACCAACGUGGUCGGAGGUGUAGCCUCACAGUGUCGCCGCUGCGCCAUGAGCUCGGACGAGGCCUGUGUUCCCUGCCCACCGGGACACUACAUGGUCAACAGGACCGGGUUCUGCAAGAGAUGCUCGGAAAACACUAUCAUCAGGCCUGAGCAGCCGUUCGGAGAGGACGCCUGUAUCAGCUGUGGUCCAAACACGAGGAGAAACAAGGCCUACUCAGCGUGUCUCAGUGACUGUACGCUGGAUGUGCAGUCGAGAGGAGGAGCACAUCUGCACUAUGACUUCUCUCCUCUGGCCAAUGUCACCGGCUUCCACAGCAGCCCCCGCUUCACCAACAAAGGCCUGAAAUAUCUCCAGAGCUUUAAUGUGGCUCUGUGUGGGAAAGAGGGUCGAAUGCCAGCUACCUGUGUGGACAACGCAACGGGGACUGGGAAGGAAGUCAAAGGUUACGUCUGCCAGUCCACUGUGGUUCCAUCUGAAAUCAGGAGUCAGAGCGUGGUGUCCUCACAGCCGUUCCUCAUCGGGGACUCUCUUGUCGGUGUGACCACUGACACGACGCUGAGCAGCAUCUCCUCUCCUGAUUGGCUGUUCCCGUCUACGUCCAUGCUGCCAGACGUCAUCUUCUAUUACAAGUCCAGUGAGACGACUCAGACUUGUAAACAAGGCAGGUCGGCCGCCAUCAGACUGAGAUGUGAUCCAGCACUGACCGCCAAAUACCACAUCACACUGCCAAGAAACUGUUCAGAAGGGACGUGCGAUGGCUGUGUGUUCCACCUCCUGUGGCAGAGCCAGCAUGCAUGUCCACUCUGCACCAGAAGCCACUACAGAGAAAUCGUCAGCGCUUGUAUCCAGGGAAUACAGAAAACCACCUAUGUGUGGCAGCAGCCGUUGCAGUGCUAUGGAGGAGUGUCUCUACCAGCACAAAAAGUCAGCGCCUGUGUGAGUCUGGAUUUCUGGCUCAAGUUCGGUGUGACCACGGGAAUAAUUGCUGCUGUGCUGCUCAUCAGUGUCAGCUGCUAUUUCUGGAAGAAGACGCGCAAGCUGCAGUAUAAAUAUUCCAAGCUGAUGAUGAGCUCCGGCGGUCAAGAGUGUGAGCUGCCCACCGCAGACAGCUGCGCUAUAAUGGAGGGCGAGGACGCAGAGGACGACCUCAUGGACCUCACCAAGAAAUCUUUUUUCACCAAGAUUAAGUCCUUCUCACGAGAGAGGUCGUCAGAUGGAUUUGACUCAGUUCCACUGAAGUCGUCAUCUUCUCGACUCCAACAGGAUGACGAGGACUCGGACGAAGCUUGAAUCAGACGAUGAACAGAUCUUCGCUGGUUUGACAUCAACACACCUCCAACAGAUGUUUUUGAGGCAUUUUAGAAAACAGAAAUGGGCUGUGAAUCAUUUUUAUUUGUUACAAAGGAUGUAGGCUUACUGAGGGAGAUUAAAAUAUUGUAAAGAGUGGUGAUUAGUAUUAUUUUUCAUGUUCCAAAUCUAAUAGUUAAAUAAAAAGUCUCCACAUUGGGGAUAUUCGGUAUUUUAAAAACUUCAAAACUGUGUUUCAAAGAUUAUCUGAGACUGUGGAUGAAGUUACACUUUUUAUAGAUGUGAUUGUUUGUGUACAAUUACAUAAAUGUUACUAUGUAUUUCAUUUUUCUCUUUUUGUUAGACCACAGUUCUAGUUCAGUCAGAUAUUGUUAUUUGGUAAUAUAUUAUUUUUAUUUGCUGUGGCUUUUGAUAACCUUGUCUGCUGCAUUUAAGUUUAGGACAUUAUUUUGUUUUACUGUGAAGUAAAGACAUUUUCUACACUGAAAAACUACAAAUGUGCAUCUCUCAAAAUGAAUGAACUCAAAUGCUGCCUUCAGGUUCUUCUUGUAAUAACACAUCGCGAUAUUACUUCAUACAUGCACGCACGCAUGCACACACACACAUACACACACACAUACACAUUGUAAGUCUUGCUAAAUCAAGUAGGGUAAGCAGUGAUUAGUGGUAAAGAAAAAAAUUGUGCUUCAGUAGGAUACUUCCGUUUUCGGCCACUUUACAUUUCUCUUUCGCAACAACUGAGACUGAAAGUACUUUUAACUUCUUUUAAAUGUGUGUAUCUGCUAUAGAAAUCAAUUAUUUUGUGGAUUAAGAUUGUUUACAUGAUGUUUUCUUUUACAUUACUUAUCCUGUGGUAAAGGAAAUCCUGAUAAUUAUUAACUCCAACAUGUCAAUCAACCAUAUUAUUAAAGUUGUGUUUCCACAUCAAUGCUUUAGCAAUGAUAAUAAUCUUACAAUAAACUAUAAAACUAUA